CCAAAUUUAUCCACGUACCGAACUGUCAGUGCUGGGGUACAGAUACGUACAGCCUGCAGGCACCAUGCUGGCCAUGUCGACGCUGAUGAUGCCGGCACCGACGAUGGCGCUCGGUGCUCCGCAGCUCGCCGUGGGCCCACAUCAGAAGCCACCGGAAGCGAAGCUGCUCGCUAUCCAUCCGGCACACACGCAAACUCAAACCACUCCUCAGCAUCAGCUGCAGGCACAACAGCAGCAGCAGCAGCAGCAGCAGCAGCAAGUGCAACAGCAGCAGCAGCAGCAACAGCAUCAACAGCAACUUCAGCAGCUGUCUGCAAUAAAGCAAGAGCACUACCAUAUAUUCGUGGGUGAUUUGAGUCCGGAAAUUGAAACGCAAACGCUGAAGGAAGCAUUCGCCCCGUUCGGAGACAUAUCUGAUUGUCGCGUUGUUAGGGAUCCUCAAACAUUAAAAUCUAAAGGAUACGGAUUUGUUUCGUUCGUAAAGAAAACGGAAGCGGAAAAUGCAAUUGCGGCUAUGAAUGGGCAAUGGCUUGGUUCGAGGAGUAUUCGAACUAAUUGGGCAACUAGGAAACCGCCAGCUAGCAAAAACGAAAUCAACGCGAAACCGCUGACAUUUGAUGAAGUGUACAAUCAGAGUAGCCCGACCAACUGUACCGUCUACUGUGGUGGUAUUGGUGGUACACUGGCUGGGGGAUUGAAUGAAGACAUUUUGCAGAAAACCUUCUCCCCGUUCGGUACCAUACAGGAAAUCAGGGUUUUCAAGGAUAAGGGCUAUGCGUUCGUAAGAUUCUCUACCAAAGAGGCAGCCACUCACGCCAUUGUCGCCGUGCACAACUCCGAAAUUAACUCACAAACGGUAAAGUGCUCCUGGGGCAAGGAAAGCGGUGAUCCGAACAAUGCACCCACGCUGGCUAGUCAGGCACUAAGCCAGACCGGGUUUCCGUUUAAUACCGCCUACGGGCAGCAGGUAGCUGGCUACUGGUAUCCUCCAGCUCCGGCAUACCCCGCCACACCGGCACCGGCUGCAACGCCUUUGCAAGGCCAAUUUCUGCAGGGCAUGCAGGGUUACACGUACGGUCAGUUUGCCGGAUAUCAGCAGGGAUAUAUGGGCAUGGGCAUGCAGAUCCCCGGUGCCUGGCCUGCUGUACCGGCCCAGGCACAGCUUCCGACUGCGGCUCAACAAAUUACGGCCCAAAGCGUUGGUGGCGCGUUGCCACAGACGGCUGGAGUUGUCGCGUACCCGAUGCAACAGUUCCAGUUAGCUGAAGACGAAUGGUUAGCGCCAAGUCUUCUAGUGUAGCUUCCCUGAUGGCCAUCACUGUGCGGCUGUGUCUCACAGCGUAAUUAGAGUGCAGAG